AUGUUUGUUUUCGCCACCAUUGUCCAAUCAACCUGCUGUGCCUUCCUUAACCGCUCCAUGCUCUCCUCGACCCCCAAACUGUCCCCCUCUUGUGCUUCCUCCGCUUCUCCUUCUCUCCCCCUCUCCCCCAUCUCCGUCCCUUCAUGUCCCCCCAUUUCUCCCUCCACUUCCCCCUCGUCCCUCCUUACCCCCCUCACCCCUUCCUCCCCCUCAUCCCCUCCUUUUCCCCCUCAUCCCCUCCUCUUCCCCCGCACCCCCCCCUCUUCCCCCGCACCCUCUCCUCUUCCCCCGCACCCUCUCCUCUUCCCCCGCACCCCCUCCUCUUCCCCCGCACCCCCUCCUCUUCCCCCUCACCCCUUCCUCUUCCCCCUCACCCCUUCCUCUCCCCCUCACCCCUUCCUCUUCCCCCUCACCCCUUCCUCUCCCCCUCACCCCUUCCUCUCAAUCCAUCUAACCACACGCCCUAGGCGGGGGCUACCCAGUGGGAGGAAUCGAUCAGGAGGGGCGGUAGGUGCGUCGGUACCGUACUGCACCGAGUUUGACCUCCGCACACCGCUGUCCCGGCCGUCACUAAGGCAUGCGCAGCAGCUGUGCAAGUGUGUACCCAUGGGGGUUGAUGGGCUGACGGCAGGGAGAAAGGGUAGCUGCACACAGCAAGAGCCGCAGAAUGGGGACUCUGGACCAACGUCAGGUUUCACCCAAGACUUUUUUGGCCGUGUGUCAGGGUUCCUGUCAUCCCUUGAUUCCAACAAUCCAGCAGAUGCUGUUCCCCCUGCACCCGGGGGGUCUUUGGGAGCUGGCUCAAGGGGCGUGGGAAGAGGAGGAGGAGGAGGAGGUGGGGGAUGGGGAGAGAGAGGGGGAAGGGUGGGUCGCAUUGGUGUGCAUUCUCUGGGAUCUCCUCCCUCAUUGCUGCUGUCAGGGAAUGAUGCGCAGUCCUGGCAGGUACUCGCAUGGCUGCAGUGGCUGAAGGGCAUUGUUCAAACUUUGCCGGUUACAGUCCUCGUGACAGUUCCUAGAGAGGAAGGAGUUAUACCUCCACACGUGCUGCUGAGACUGCAGCAUGCAGCAGACGUGGUGCUGGCAAUGGAAGCACUGGAAGAGGACAAUGCAGAGCUAGCUAGUGGGAUCUCGGACUACAAAGAUGCCCUGGGUUUAAUUCGCAUUCGCAAGGUCUCCGUGCAAAACUCCCUGGUGCCCCGCAUGCCAGCAGUGACCACCCUGGUGCUGAGAGCAGUGAACAGGAAGAGGCAGAUUGUGGUGGAGGAAGCACACCCACCCCCCAUCGAUGCCACAGGGGGAGCAGCAGGUUCAGGCAGCGGGGGAAGCUCGGUUGGAUGUGGCAGCUCAGGCGGGGCAAGCAAUGCUCUGGACUUCUGA